AUGGCCUUAAACACUAAACCUCCGGACUUUGAAGAGAUGGACAUAUAUAAACUCAAUCAAGCCCUGGAAAAACAACUCUUUCUCCUGAACAAUCAAAAACUUUUGACGGUGCGCGGCGAAGAACCUUCCUCAAAAUCUACCUCAGCAGGUUGCACCACUACGGAGUCUGAAGUUGACUCACUCGUCAGCACCCUCGAACUGCUUAACCUCAGUAAGCUAUUUCCCAUCUUCACCCUUUCCGGCUUGAUUUGCUGUGACACGUCCAGACUAUACAUAGUGGUGACAAUGAUGGUUGUGUCGUCCAACUUCACCCAUUAG